AUGACAGCGACCGCUGGGGGCCCUGGAUCUUGGAGUGAAAAUAUACUAGAAUAUUUUCUGAGAAAUAACCACAUCACAACAGAAGAUGGCGCUGAGAUCAUCUGGUAUCAUGCUGCUAACCACAAGGCACAGGUGAAUGAGGCACUGAAAAGUCCUGCUCACAUGAUAGAGGCUGAUGUCCUUCUUCCAAGUGAUGGAUCAGAAUAUAGCCAACCAAUCAUGGCCCAUCCUCCUGAAACAAAUAGUGAUAAUACUUUACAGGAAUGGCUGACUGAAGUUAUAAAAAGCAAUAAAGGCAUCAAACUGGAUUUUAAGAGUCUAGCAGCUGUGGAACCAUCCAUGAUGCUCCUGGAAAAUGUGAAGAGGCAUCUGCAGCGUCCUGUGUGGAUUAAUGCUGAUAUUCUUCCUGGUCCAAAUGGAAAUAGCAGAGUAGUGGAUGCAAAACCUUUUAUAGACACAGUGACAUCCUUCUUUCCAGAUGUGACGUUUUCCCUGGGUUGGACAACAGGAUGGCAUCCUGAGAAAGUCAAUGAAGGUUACAGUUGGACAAUGGUGAAAGAAAUGGAAUAUAUAUGUAAGGACCUAAAUCUGCCUGUAACAUUUCCUGUCAGAGCAGCAUUAGUUAGGCAGUCUUGUUCUCAGUUACUCUGGCUGUUAAAGAAAUCAAACAGGUACAGCCUGACUAUUUGGACUGGGAAAAAUGAUAACUAUUCCAUUGAAGAUUUACUUUGCAUUAGAGACCAUUUUGACAAAAAACAAGUUUUCUAUGACAUCUUGGAACCACAAAACCAUGAAUUUAAACAAGCCAUUGGAGUCAAAGUUAAUCUCUAA